AUGCCCGACUCUUAUAUCCCAAAGCUUCUCGGAAAACAUGUCCAACCGCCGAGUCCGAAAGUGUCAAUCGAAGUUGGGCAGAUCAUCGUGGCUGUGAAUCAUCGAAGACUUGGUUCUAGACAACUUCAAUUGACUGCAAUCGCUGGAUCGAUCGGAGCUUCGCUUUUCGUUGGCAUCGGUAGCGGUGUUUCCUCUGGUCCGGUGUGCUUGCUUCUCGCCUUCAUCUUUUGGGUAACGGUAGUCUUCUCUAUCGCACAAUGUCAGGCUGAGAUUGUCACACUAUUCCCGCUGGACGGCUCCUUCGUCCGCCUGGCUAGUCGUAUGGUUGAUCCCGCUCUGGGUGUGACGGCCGGCUGGAAUCUCUUCUUUUCGCAAACCUCAUAUGUGGUCUUCGAAGCCACUAUAAUCAACACUCUUGUGGAAUACUGGGGGUAUGACCAGUCUCCAGCCAUCCUGAUCUCGGUUUCUUUAAUUCUGUAUCUGGCUCUCAAUGUAUAUCGAGCUGAGAUUUUUGGCGAAGCUGAGUUUUGGCUGUCGCUAUUCAAGAUUCUGCUGGCGACUGGGCUCAUUUUUUACACCUUGACCGUGAUGCUGGGUGGUAAUCCGGCGAACGACCGGUUCGGCUUCCGAUAUUACAAAGAACCAGGGCCAUGGGUCGGCAGGACCCCGACCACCCGAUUAGAGUCUUUCAUCAACGCUGUCAACGUCGCUGGCUUUGUUGUCGCCGGACCAGACUAUAUCUCGAUGGUCGCUGGUGAAACCAAAGAUCCACGACGUACGAUCCCUAGGGCGUUUGACACAAUCAUAACUCGCUUGAUUGUCUUCUUUAUCGGUGGUGCUCUCUGCGUAGGCAUCUUGGUACCUUCAAACGACCCUGCUCUGACCAAUGGUUCCGAUGACUACGCAGAAGCUUCCCCAUAUGUCAUCUCGAUGCAAAGGCUCAACAUACCUGUCUUACCAUCUGUGGUUAACGCAGCAUUGAUUACCAGUAUACUAUCAGCUGGCAAUGCGUAUACCUUCAAUGCGUCUCGAAGCUUGCAUGCCCUUGCCCUGGAAGGCGUGCCGUAUAUGGCUGUGAUAAUGGUCAUGCUGUUGUCGUGCCUUGCCUUUCUCGCUCUCGGUUCGGGUAGUAGUCAAGUCUUGAACUGGAUAUUGAACUUCAAUACAGCCGCUACGAUGUUGAAUUGGGUCGUCAUGUCUGCUACAUGGAUUCGGUUCGACGCAGCAAUAAAGGCCCAGAAGAUUGAUCGACACGUGUAUUUGCCUACUAUUUCGCGGUAUCAGCCCUACGCCGGUUACUGGGCUUUCUUCUGGGCGUCAAUCUUUCUUUGGAUCCAAGGGUAUGCAGUGUUUCUGAAAGGCAAUUGGGAUGUCGCCACUUUCGUUUUCAACUACGGUAUCAUUGCUUUGGCUGGUGGCACUCGCUUCCAUCGCCGUGGAGUGGUCGAUCUUGUAUCUGACCGCGACUUCUUUGACGCUUUGACAGAACAUUAUCGGAUCGAGCGAGAGGUUGGCGGAAGUGGGACUAGCACGGUCACAGGCCGCAUCAUGGCGAAGCUAUUCUAG